GCCCCGCCAUCACCACCCUUUUACCUGCCUCCCUUACCUUACCUUAGCUUACCUUCUGGGUUGAUUGGCGAAAGACAAAGGCACCAUAGCCUGAUAAACUACAAUUCAACUUCCCGGCUGUGUUAUCCCUCCGCCACCGCUCCCGCUCCGUUCCCAAAGAUGGCGCCGUCGCACAAGCGAAAGGCAGACCUUGACGACGACGACGACGACUUCAUCCGCACCAUUUCCGACAACGACGCGGACAUACCCGAUGAGGAAGAAGAGGUCCUGGAGGAUAUCCCCGCCAACAAGAAGACCAACAACAACAAGAAGAAGACAAAGACCAGCGGUGGAAAGAAAAAGAGCAAACAACAACAACAAGCCUCUGCUAAUGAGGACGGGGAUUGCGCGGAAGAUGAUGGCCUCACCGGCAUAUGGGGACAAAAGGAUGAAGACGACGGGGCGAUGGACUCGGAGUUUGAGUUUGCCUUGGAGAACGGCGCGGACGGGGUUGUUGAUGAGGAGUUUGCCGGGUGGGGGUUUGAGGGCGCUAAGAAAGGGGUGAGUAGUGAGAAUCGGAAGGUGGGGGUGGAUUUGGAUGAGAUUAUUAGAAGGAGGAGGGAGAGGAAGGAGGGGAAGGGGAAGGGGAUGGCCAAAGGGAAGGGAGGGAAAGAUGAGGGAGAGGAGGAGGAGGGGGAGGAAGAAGAAGAAGAGGUGGAUGGUGAUAUGGAUAUUGAUCUUGAUCUUGAGGAUGAUCGGGAGGGGCUGUUGGCUGAGGAUGGGUUUGGGAUGGGGGUUGGGUCGGAUGUGGAGGAGGAAGAUGGGGAUGGGGAUGAGGAAAUGGUGGAUCGGGAUGAGGAUGAGGAUGAGGGUGGGGGUGAGGGAAAUGGAGAGGAAGAGGGGGAUGAUGAUGACUCGGUGGCAACACCAGUUGAACAUCCUGAUGAUGUGGAGGAGUCUGAGGACGAAGAGGACGAGGAAGAGGAUGCUGAGGAGGCAGCAAAACGGAAGGACUUCUUUGCUGCGCCCGACGAGUUCCAGAAGCCCGGCAAGAAGGGGCAGUUGUCCACUUUCCAGGGCAUGUCGCUCUCGCGGCCGAUCCUUAGGGGUCUGACCUCGGUUGGGUUCACGAAACCGACGCCUAUCCAGGAGAAGACGAUCCCCAUCGCGCUCAUGGGCAAGGAUGUGGUUGGUGGUGCCGUCACCGGUUCCGGAAAAACUGCCGCGUUUGUGGUCCCCAUCUUGGAGCGUCUUCUCUACAGGCCCAAAAAGGUUCCUACGACAAGAGUUGUCAUCCUCACGCCCACGCGUGAACUGGCUAUCCAGUGCCAUGCCGUGGCUACGAAGCUGGCCAGCCACACAGACAUCAAGUUCUGUCUCGCUGUGGGAGGACUCAGUCUGAAGGUUCAGGAGGCGGAGUUGCGUCUGAGGCCGGAUGUGGUGAUUGCCACUCCUGGUCGCUUCAUCGACCACAUGCGCAAUUCGGCCAGCUUUGCCGUCGAGACGGUCGAGAUUUUGGUCCUGGAUGAGGCGGACAGGAUGCUCGAGGACGGUUUCGCCGAUGAGCUGAACGAGAUCCUCACGACCCUGCCCAAGUCCCGACAGACAAUGCUCUUCUCGGCGACAAUGACGUCGUCGGUCGACAAGCUGAUUCGUGUUGGGCUCAACAAGCCCGCCAGAAUCAUGGUCGAUUCGCAGAAGAAGACUGCUGGAACCCUGACGCAAGAGUUUGUGCGGCUGCGGCCGGGCCGCGAAGAGAAGCGCAUGGGCUACCUGGUGCAUAUCUGCAAGACGCUGUACACGGAGCGUGUCAUCGUCUUCUUCAGGCAAAAGAAGGUUGCGCACCGGACUCGCAUCAUCUUUGGGCUGCUGGGCAUGUCUUGCGCAGAGCUCCACGGAAGCAUGAAUCAGGCUCAGCGCAUUGCUAGUGUUGAAGCAUUCCGCGAUGGCAAGGUAAAAUAUCUACUUGCUACAGAUCUUGCUUCUCGCGGUCUGGAUAUCAAAGGAAUUGAUACAGUCAUCAACUACGAAGCACCCCAGACCCUUGAUAUAUACGUUCACCGUGUGGGUCGUACCGCACGUGCCGGUCGCAGCGGCGUUGCUAUCACGCUCGCGGCAGAGCCGGACCGCAAGGUGGUGAAAGCUGCUGUCAAGGCUGGGAAAGCCCAAGGCUCCAAGAUCAUCAGCCGAGUGAUUGAGCCGGCUGAGGCGGACAAAUGGCAAGCCCGGGUGGACGAAAUGGAGGACGAGAUCGAGGAGAUUAUGCAGGAGGAGAAGGAGGAGAAGCAGCUGGCUCAGAUGGAAAUGCAAGUGAAGAAGGGCGAGAACCUGAUUAAGCAUGAAGAGGAGAUCCACUCACGGCCGAAACGGACGUGGUUCGAGACAGAAAAGGACAAGAAGAAAGCCAAGGAGGCCGGCCGGGCUGAGCUUAACGGGGUUAGGGAACAGAUGAAGAAGAAGGGCGCGGGUAAGCUCAGCAACAAGGACAAGAAGAAGCUCGAUUCGAAGGCGGAGCGGAGCGAAGGCAAGUCCUGGAAGAAGGGCCGCGCUGAGAGAAGCGGAAAAGGGGCGGUCCUCAAUUUGAAAAAGGUCAGGAAACCGAAGCCAAAAGGGCCGGCAGGGAGGAAAGGGUUCAAGGGGAAAAAGUUCAAGCCAGCAACAACCACCACCCUGGCGCCCUUCAAACGGCUCCUGCGCUCCUCGCCGCUCCCGCGCCCGCUGCAGCAACACCCGCACCUGCACCCGCACCCGCACCACCGCCCAUCCCUCCUGCGCUACCUCUUCCCGCGCACCGUCCGCGACCUGUACCGCGAACGCCUGCUCCGCUUCCGCCUCGAGACCCUCCCGCGCUACAAGCACCGCCUGCAGAGCCGCAUCUACCGCUUCAUUGUCGAGCGCCAGCGCAAGCGCCGCGAGCAGACCCGCCUGGUCGACCUGGUGCGCUCUCACGGCAGGCGGUUGCUUCUGGGGACAAGUGGGACCGGAAAAGCGGCGCUUGGGAGAGUGGCAAAGGGGAAUGCGGGCGUGACUGCGGCCGUGAAGGCGAAGGACUCGUCGUCGUCGUCGACGUUAAGCGUUGCGACAGACCGAGGCGCAGGCGCAGGCGCAAGGAGGAAGAUGCAGCGAGGGGAGGAAGAGAGUGCCUACGGCUAUGGGGCUACUAGGUAUGGGUAUGGGUAUGGGUACGGCAGCGGUGGGAGUGAGUCCCCGCCUCUGCCCGGUGGCCGAGAGCGGGGCGCCAGACGGAAGAGACUAGCUGCCAUGGCGGGCAGCGUGUACCGCGCCGGAGUGGCGGCUGCCACGGAGCUCAAGGAACAGUAUAACAACACCCGGACCAGAGGCGCGGUGCUGGACAUGUCGGAUGCGCAGUUCUCGAUCCCCGGCGCGUUCCCGCAGGUGUCUAUUGUUACUAAGGGGGAGGAGCAGAUGGUGCUCUUCCCGACGUACGCCAAGAGGCAUGUCAGGGAGUUUGGGAAUCCGGGGAGGUUCCCGCCGGGACAGCACUCGUUCCAUGCGGCGAAUGCGGCGCAGAUGGGGGUUAGUGAGGAACAGUACUGGAAGCAGGAGUGGGCGAGGGUGGAGGACGAGAAGGCGGUGGCGGAUGUUGAUGUUAGGGGGUGGAUAUACAUGCCUAGCAAGGGCCCGAUGACACGGCGGAAUCGCAUGUUGAUUGGGCUUGCGAGGAGGCUUAGCGGCAUUCCAACCCCAAACACGCAGCCGGGACCAGAAUUCAGUCCGCACGAGGAUCAUCAAAAGAUGAAGGAAGAGCAAAGGAUUGCGCGGGAAGCCCGGGAAAUAGAACGGCGAGGGCAAGGGGAGGAGGAGGUUGCGGAAAGGGGAGGCUACAGCGAGUUUCCCAGUGGCCCCGAGGCGGCUGCCGGAUUCGAUCCUGUUGGGAAAACGCAUGCUCCCGUCUCACCGCCGCCAUCGCCUACGCUGUCCGCGAGGACGCCCACUAUGCAGCAGCAAUCGGACCUGACGGAUGCUGAGCUGGCGGUCGCAAAUGCCAAUCUCAUGGCACGCAUAGGGCCGUUCAUGACGACGCCUUUGGUGCAGAUUCCCGUCACCAUGUUCUUUUACAACGACGAGCAAUCACGAUCGCAUACAGUAAUGACGGACGACUCGGGCCACUUCAUCACCCGCAUCGCCCUCGAGUUCGUCCCUACACACGUGCGAGUCCUGGCGAACGAGGAUUUAUCGGCCACCAAGCCUAUAGAGAUCAUCGAGGACAGGGGUGUCAGCCUGAUCAGCGACAUUGACGACACGGUCAAGCGCUCAAAUAUUAGUUUGGGCGCCCGUGAGAUCUUCAGAAACACAUUUGUCCGUGAGCUGGCAGAUUUGACCAUCGAGGGAGUCAGGGAAUGGUAUGGCAGAAUGCAUGAUUUGGGUGUCAAGAUCCACUACUGCUCCAACAGCCCAUGGCAGUUGUUCCCCGUUUUGGCGACGUUCUUCCACACGGCUGGCCUACCCCAUGGCUCGAUCCAUUUGAAGCAAUACAGCGGCAUGCUGCAGGGUAUUUUCGAGCCGGUGGCGGAAAGGAAGAAGGGCACGUUGGAAGCCAUCCUUCGAGACUUCCCGGAGAGGAAGUUUCUUCUCGUUGGCGACAGCGGUGAAGCGGACCUGGAGGUGUACACCGAACUGGUUGUAGCGAACCCCGGGAGAAUCUUGGCCGUCUUCAUCCGCGAUGUCACUACCCCUGAUCAGGCGGGCUUUUUCGAUUCUUCAUUCACCAUGGGUACACCACGCAGCAACACGGUGAGCAGCCGGACCAAACCGGAAGAUCAGUCAACCCGUGAUGAGCCAAAGAGCAAACCGCAGUUGCCUCCUCGUGCACCUGCACCGCCGCCCGCUUCUACAGGACCAAUCAUGGGGACGUUGAUAGACUUUUCAGACGAACCGGCCCAGAUCAGUCCCGGAGAGAUGCCGGCGAACGAGGUAAAACCGGAAAACCCCGUCCGAAAGGCGCCGCCACCGCGUCCCGCCAAGCCCGCGGCACUGCGAAGCGCCUCAUCUGACGCAAGCAGUGGAAGCCAGAAGCAGCGCCCUUCCCCGGCCCUGAAUCCUCGGCUCGAAGACCUCUCGAUGGCCGACGACAGCCUCCGCCCGCUACAACGGGCACAGACUCAGUCAUCCGUUGCUUCUUCCAACAGCGCUAGACCAGCUCCUCCGCCACCGCCGCCGCCCCGUCGCGGAGGUACUCCUCUUCUAGCGCAGCAGCAGCAGCAGUCGAGGGGGGAUUCCAACCCCAACCCGGAUGUUACCGAGAUGGAUGCUUCCCUUCCUCCUGCUUCUGGGAGUUCGGGCUCCUUCCCGGUUCAGGCUGCUGCUGCUGCUUCUGCCAUGUCGGAGACGGCAGCAGGGGCGGCGUCAUAUGGACCUGCGGGAACGGCGGCCGUGAACAAGAAGGUGGACUUGUGGCUGCGCCGGCUGGCGAGGGCGCACGAGAUCCUGGACGCGCACGGCGUCAAGCUGUAUACCUGGCGGCGGGGGGAUGAAGUUACUGCUGAGGCGGAGGGGAUUGUCAGGGAGGCGUUGGGGAGGAUUGAAGUUGAUGGUAGGGAAAGGGGGGAUAGAAAAGGACUAUAAAACUUAGAGGAGACUUGGAUGAAUUGGGGAGGGGAUUUACUGAAUGAUUCAAUGAGAGCGGGUGCAUUGUAUUUACUAGGGGUUACACCUGUGAAGUGGGCAGGAGCCACUGCAUCAAUUUCCUGUAUUUAUUGUGGCUCGGCUGGGCAUCUCCCAUCUUGAACUCUAAGC